AUGGGCAGCGAGGUGAAGUGGCCGUCUAAGAAAGAGACUGAAGGAUGGAAAGACCCCAAGAAGUGGUGUGACUUUCAUCAGGACAUUGGCCACACUACUCCUGAUUGCAGAGGCCUUAGAUACGAAGUGGAUUACCUGUUGAAAAGAGGUCACCUCAGAGAGUUGCUCUCUGAGCGCGGUAGAGCAAUCUGGGAAAAGAGGAAAGUCGAUGACCCAGAAGCAUUGCCACCGCCGCCACCAGUUACUCAAACCUACUGUGUGAUUUCUGGGGGAUCAGAGAUCAGUGGAUUGUCCCACACCUCUGCCAAGAAGCACGAGAAGGAAGCAGCAAACCCAGCUACUAGAAUGGCACAAUCCCUGGGAAUUUUCACUAACCAGGUGAUGGUCUUCACGGACGAUGAAGCUACCCAACUAUUACACCCGCACCAUUGA